GUCACAGUCGAUAAAGAAGUAGCAGCAUAACCUCUUCGAAAUUCCCCAAUUUCUGAACGAGAACGAUUUCCUUCAAAAUAUUAAAUAUCUCGUGGGGCUUUUUAUAUAUUUAAAUAUUCGACGGGCUUUCCGGGAAAAGAAAAAAACGACGAAUGGUAGCAAUCAGGGGAAAUACAAAAUGGCUUCUAUUGAGUUUCGCGAGGUUAUAUGCAUUCUACGAUUGUUUAAUUCUUUCGUUUAUUCGACUAAUGACAAGUAGACUAAUUACGCGUGACUCCUUGAUUUCGCUGUUUAUAAUUAAUCAAUGAAACAGAAAUUUCUGUAUAAACGUAAAUUUCAAAUACGCCUUUUACUAUUUGAUGAUAUAUUUCUCCGAUAGGGAGUCGCUGGCAUCGUUUUCCCGAGACGUGUUGUGGAUAGGUUUGAAAUCUAUAAUCUUAUGUCAUUCGAGAAUGGUUUUUGAGUGAGUUGAUUUGGUCUCGAGAUUGUUUUUAAGUCAGGAAUUACAGGUCGAAAUCGAAGUCGGUUUCAUUGUUAUUCACAUCGUAAUUGACCGUGAAACGUAGUCGAACAGUAUGGUCGUCCCAAAAGAUUAUACAUUCCCGUCAGAUGAGGAAUUGACUGUCGAGGAAAUAAAUAUUAGCUAUCCAGCUCUGCACGCUGCAUCCUUUUACGUUGGCAAGAAAUGUGAACUCGAUAAUAAUGAAUUUACGCUAUGUAAACAAGAAACAAAGGACCCAAGGAAAUGCCUUAAGGAAGGAAGAAAUGUGACCGCUUGUGCAAUGGGGGUGUUUAAAGGCCUCAAGGAACAUUGUAUGCAGGAAUUUAAUCAGUAUAAGUAUUGUCUCGAACAAUCUUCUAGCAGGCUGGAACUUCAUCACUGUCGAAAAACACAAGGGGUGUUAGAUGAAUGCGUUCUAAAGAAUUUGAAAAUAGAACGACCAUAUUUCGGAUAUUUCUGCGAAGCCAAAGUUCACGACACUAAGAGACCAAAGCCAGAACCAUAUAGACCGACAUAUACAGAUGGUGUUGCUGAACCAAAUUUACCCGACCAUCUUGACGAGCCAAAGUUCGGUUUCAGAAACGCAUGGGCCUAACGUGUUAUCUGUUAGUACUGUUGGGAAUUUGUUUUUGUAGUCAAUAUUCUACAUAUUGCGAAACUUAAAGGAACUAAAAUAAUCAGAAUAUUUGUAUUUGUUUCGUAUACGAUUAGGAACGAAUACAAAUACAUAUAAUUUAUGCACUGAAAGAUACUGUAGAUUGCUAAAAAAACGAAAAGUAAUAAACAUAAAUCUUGAUCUGUAACAAGUUUUGCUUUACUAAGUUGAAAGGCUAAAGAUUAUAAUUUCUAGAAAGAAUGUUAUUCACGAGUCGGACAGUUGUCCAUGAGUAAAUAUUCAAUUUCGAGAUUCUAUGUGAAUUAUGCUAUCGCAUUUCUAUAAACCUUUAUAGAAGAAAUAUAUGUGUUUGUUAAGAAUA